UUUACUCCGCGUGUAUGUGUGUGUGUAUGUGUAUGUGUGUGUGUGUGUGUGUGUGUGUGUGUGUGUGUGUUGUUAGCGACUCCUAGUUCAAAGUCUGUGAACGCGUAUCAGCAGCAUCCAGUAUUAGGGGAGCAGGAGGAUCAUGGAAAACAACCCUAUCCCUGUUGUGACUAUCCAGACCGUCCCUUACGAAGACCAGAGACCCGGGACCAGCGGAUUGAGGAAGAAAACCUCUGUCUUCGAAAACAAGAGGAACUAUCUGCAGAACUUUAUCCAGAGUGUCCUGUCCUCUAUAGAUCUGAGGGACCGGCAGGGGUGCACUAUGGUUUUGGGAAGUGAUGGUCGAUACUUCAGCAGAUCCGCGAUAGAGACCAUUGUGCAGAUGGCCGCUGCCAACGGGAUUGGACGACUGGUGAUCGGCCAGCAUGGGAUCCUGUCCACCCCCGCUGUCUCCUGCAUUAUCAGGAAGGUGAAGGCCAUUGGAGGAAUUGUUCUCACAGCAAGUCACAAUCCUGGAGGACCAGGCGGGGACUUUGGUGUGAAGUUUAAUGUGGCUAACGGAGGGCCAGCUCCUGAGUCAGUGACAGAGAAGAUCUACCAGAUCAGUAAAACCAUAGAAGAGUUUGCAAUCUGUUCAGAUUUAAGAGUGGACCUCUCUCGGCUGGGCAGACAAGAAUUUGACCUGGAGAACAAGUUUAAACCAUUCCGAGUUGAAAUUGUAGACACAGUAGAUGUUUACCUCAACAUGCUGAGAACCAUCUUUGACUUCAGUGCCAUCAGAGGAUUACUCACAGGACCUAACCAACUGAAAAUAAGGAUAGAUGCCAUGCAUGGAGUUAUGGGUCCCUAUGUAAGGCGAAUACUCUGUGAUGAACUUGGAGCUCCUGCAAACUCUGCUGUCAAUUGCGUUCCAAUGGAAGACUUUGGAGGACAUCACCCAGACCCAAACCUCACAUAUGCUACCUCUCUUCUUGAGGCAAUGAAAGGAGGGGAAUAUGGAUUUGGUGCAGCCUUUGAUGGAGAUGGGGAUCGUAACUUGAUCCUUGGGCGAAAUGGGUUCUUUGUCAAUCCCUCGGACUCAGUUGCUGUGAUUGCUGCAAACAUCUCCUGCAUUCCGUACUUCCAGAAAAUGGGAAUUCGAGGAUUUGCAAGGAGCAUGCCCACCAGUAGAGCACUUGACAGGGUGGGUGAAGCCAUGAAGAUCCCGGUUUAUGAAACUCCAACAGGCUGGAAGUUCUUUGGGAAUUUAAUGGAUGCUGGAAAGUGCUCUCUUUGUGGGGAGGAGAGCUUUGGUACAGGGUCCGACCACAUUCGAGAGAAAGACGGUCUCUGGGCUGUCCUUGCAUGGCUGUCCAUCAUUGCAGCUCGUAAACAGAGCGUAGAAGAGAUACUGAAGGAUCACUGGGCAAGGUUCGGUCGGAAUUACUACUGCAGGUUUGAUUAUGAGGAAGUUGACCCCCGGUUGUCCUUCCACUUGAUGAGGGACCUUGAAGCUCUAAUUAUGGAACGGUCGUUUACCAAUCAGCAAUUCGCCGUGGGCAGUCAUAAUUACACAGUGGAGAAAACAGAAAACUUUGAAUACACGGAUCCCGUUGAUGGCACUGUAACCAGAAACCAGGGGCUGCGAUUGACAUUCACAGACGGCUCUAGAAUCGUCUUCAGGUUGAGCGGGACCGGGAGUAUGCGAUCUACCAUAAGAUUCUAUGUGGAGAGUUACGAAAGGGACCCAAGCAGAAACAACAAAGAACCACAGGUUGUGCUGGGGCCGCUCAUUGCCAUUGCACUGAAGCUGUCACAUAUCCACGAGCGGACAGGCCGCAAAGGACCCACAGUCAUCACCUGAGCAUGGCCCAUCGCCGUCGCCGCCCAGAGAUUCUGUAGUUAUUCUGUUUGUCUCAGCUGCUCACGCCGUACACCUUCCUACCCACGUGCUGGCAAAACAUUACCGAAAACAGGGGAAGCGAAAAACAAAGUUUUGCAAAAAAAAAGAGAGAUCAUUUCUUAUGUUUAUCUGCCUGUAUUAACAAUAUUGUUGUGUUUUAUAAAGAACCAGCGUGUUAUUCUUGCAUGCAGUGUUAUUUGGGUUAGCAAAUAGGAGAGCUGUGUUUUAUCCCCAUGUUGUAGUUUAGGGUACAAUAUCACACAAUGACUAUGUACAAUUAUCAUACUGUAAACCAUCAUUGAAGAUUGAAAUCUGUUUCCUUCCCCACCCGGAAACAAAUACUAUUAAACUAUAUUG